UCGAGCCGACUGGAGGUCUUCGAUAAAGAGUCCCAGUCCGCAAGGAUCAGCGUUAUCAGUUUGUUGUUAAGUUUGCUUAGUUCCCGUUCGUUCUGCUACGUUCUGCUACGUUUUCGUUUUGUCCACUUCAAGUUCAAGUUUUAAGUUUGCCAAUAGCACCCAGUUUAAGCCCCAUUGAAACCCCGUUGAAACCCAUCGAUGCCAUGGCCCAGUUGCAACAGACAGCCACCGAGAAGCUCAGCCAUCCGCACAGCAUCGGCAUCCAGCUGCAGCACAAGGGGAUGCCCCACGGACUGGGGCUCCUGACCACGGUGGCCUCGCUGCCCCCCAAGUACCGCAGUCGCUACCUGAACCUGAAAACCAGGUGCGAAAUACCGCUGGACCUAACGCUGAAGCUGCCCUCGCCGCUGCCCCACGGCGAUGUGCCCAUGGCGGCCACAUUUGCGGAGGUGUACAGCGAAAAUGCCGCAGGGGGUGAUCCCGCAGAGGUGGAAGUUCCAGUUCCAGAGCCCCAGCCGGAGGAGAAACCCCCCACGCCGCCGCAAAGUCCGGCGGGCAAGCGGAAAUUGAGCCGGGAGAGUUGUGAUGCCGAAGAGCCCCUAGAACACCCUGCUAAAAUCCACAAAAAGGAGGAGCCGCCCGUCGAAACCAAAGAAGCCACCCCGGCGAAGCCCAUCAAACCAGUGGAUUCGGCGCCCAGGACCAGCAAGGCCUCCACCUCCUCGGGUAAACCCUCUCGCAACAAGGCCACCCGCAAGCUGAAGUUCGACGAGGAGACCAGCUCCCCCGUCUCGGGCACCAUUAUCCGACCCCUGGAGGACAUCACCGAUGGCUCCAUGCAGUACAGCAACGGCGACAUAGACCCCAAGUACAACAUAGUCGAGAUCACGGAGGAGACCAAAGCGGAGCUGGCGGCCAUCAAGAACGUGAUUGGGGACUACGUGUGCCGCCUGUGCAAGAUCAAGUUCGAGGAUGCCUUCGGUCUGGCCCGGCACAGGUGCGCCUGCAUCGUCCUGCUGGAGUACAGGUGUCCCGAGUGCGGCAAGCAGUUCAAUUGUCCCGCCAACCUGGCCUCCCACCGGAGGUGGCACAAGCCCAGGAAGGAGGCGGCCAAGAAGGAGAACCGCAACACCAUCAAUCAGGUGGAGAAGCAGCCGGAGGUGGCGCAGAAACCAAUGGAGGAGCUGGCCUUCGAUUGCCAGGAGUGCGGCAAGAAGUUCAAGAGGGCGGCCUACCUGAGAAAGCACCAGCUGACGCACCAGAAGAAGGAGAAGCCGGUCGAGAAGCAAGUGCAGGUUAAGGCCACCGCCACCAUAACGGGCAGUUUCCACUUCAACCAGGCGGGAUCGUCCACCUCCUCUUCCGCCAGCAGCUCCCAUUCCGACGAGGGCGUCUACGUGGUGGGGGCAAACACCAGGAGCAACUACGACUACGACAACGACUACCUCUCGGACUCCAGCUCCUCCGCCUCAUCCGCGGGCUAUGGCCGCCUGCAAAUCGUGGAGCACGGCCUCACGGAGGAGGAGUCCAUUGCUGCCGCCGCUCUGACCAACUUGAGGAACUGCGCCUCCGUCAUCCAGCACACCACCAUGGCCCACUGAAAAGUCGAGUGAGAAUUAAGUUUAAACCUUACAGUUAAUUUUAACGUUAAGUUUAGUUACUACAGUCGUUGAAGGCCCUUCAACUCAAUGCAGCUGAACCAGACCAAAGAACUAGUUUUAUUUAACGGAAAUCUCAGUUUCCUCUUCGUAUUCUUAGUUAGCUUAGUUAGUUUAGUUCUAAAACCAAUUUAGUUUCGUUCGCAAAUGAGUUCAAUUCUAGUCAGGCUCUAAUUGGUAUCCGUACUUCGGCCAACAUUCCAUAUGCCCCUUAGUUCUAGUCAGUGAAACCAAAGUAUCUUGGCACUAGUCAGCUUCAAUACGAUCUCGAUAUCUAGUCUUUAGUUAUAGCUAGCUUAGAAACUUUUGGGAGUGCAAUGAACUACAGAAAGCCAAAGAAAAACCUAUUUAAUAUCAACUCGUUCAUCUAGUCUUUUAUCAUCUCAUAUACCAAAGACUCUUUUAUAACACUCUUUAAAAAUCAUCUAAUACUAACUAUAAUCCAAAUCGCACACAUCUCCAUUACCCCUAUAUCAUCUUUCAUGUACCAUUCAUCACGCCUAUCAUUAAUCCUCCACAUUCCUGUUCUCUAACUUCCCAUCUUCACACUGUCCAAAGUUCGUUAUUCAAGACUCAUUCUCAUACUCAUCUUUCCCGUUAAAAAUGCUAUAUCCAGUUCUACUUUAUCGCAUAUCAUCUUCCUGCUAAAUUCCAAUCCUUUUCCCACUUUUCCAACCCAACAUUCUUUCGUGUCAUUCUAGUCAUAGGUUCUUGCAUUCCUUCUAGUCAUUUUAGGUAAAUAAUUUCUAUAAGUCAGCUUCAUUUCGGUCUUACUAAGUUUGUACAAACGUAUAUAUAUCAUAUAUCAUUCUUCAAUUUCGGAUACAGCUUUAGUCAUAUUCAGGUUAUAUACCGAAACCAAAAUUCAGGCAAAAUUGUGCAGUAGUAGUUUUUAAGUUCGCACCCAAACAAAACCAAAAAGCAAAACCAAAUCCUAGUUUAAACGAAAAUCCAGACCCAGUGUUUUGGUGAACCAAAGUCGAGUGUGAGCUCUAGUCAUUUUUAGCCACCUAAGAUACCAGGGGAACCACUUAGUUCUCAGUUUAAUUAAGUUUGGUUAGUUAGACAUAGAAACGGACAUUGGACCAGCGUCUCACUACCAGUCAAAGUAUUGAACAGUACAACCUAGCUAUAAGGGCCCCAGGCUUCGAAAUCCGGCGGUUGUGUACUUAAAGCAAUAAGAUAUAAGCAAUCCCCCGAAAUCGGGACAAUAUCACAGCGCUAUUGUUCCUUAGCAUCUGUAAAUGUAAAUGGUUGUAACCGCAGAGUACAACGAAAAGGGAAACUUUCGCUCAAUCUAGGAAUUAACUAACUGUAAGCUAUAUCAUAUAUGUAACCAUAUCGGUUGAGAUCUUGUGAUACUAUAUACUAAGCUUCAAGUUUACAAGAGAAUCGUUGUGCUCGAUUGUGCAUUAACAAUAAGCUAAAAGAAGACAGAUUUUUGUACCAAAUAUUUUUAUACGUAAUAUACACAGCAAAUAUUUUUAUACAAGAAAUUGUACAUUUUAAGGAGUCUAAACUGAAAUCUUAUAUCCAAUAUUUUUAUACAAAACAAAACCUUUGGAAAGCCCAUAAAAAUUGUAA